AAGCUCUUAUGUGAAAUAGAGGUUGUCAAGGACGAUAGAGAAAUAUACCUACUUACGACUACACAAUUACAAAAUCGCUGAUAAAUUAGCGUCACCGGCAAUACAUUUGAGGCAAUUUUCCAGAAAUAUUGACGAAUUAAACUAACAAUAAGAUUAAAAUGCAUAGACAAGGUUUACCUCUACAAGAGGAACAAUCACCAGAUUCAUCUUUACAAGAGCAACAAUUUUCACAACAUCAACAAAGAAGAUCAGAAAAUCUACCUCAGCCAUGGCAAGAUGAAGCACGAAGUCUACAGGAACAAUUUCCACAACAACAACAGACAAGAUCACAAAAUCAAAUAUCACAACAGCAAGAACAAUUGAGAUCUUUUCAACAGCAUCAAGGAAAGAAGGAUCAACAACAAAGAAGUUGGGAUCAAUCAGCAAGCAAGUACAAGUACAACCAAUGGUCACAUGUGAACCGACAACGCCGCCAGAACAAAUCACAGCAAAGUGCAACACAGAGUCAUCCACAACAUCAAAUAUCACAAAGAAGAUCAGAAAAUCUACCUCAGCCAUGGCAAGAUAAAGCACGAAGCCUCAGUCUACAUAAACAAUCUUCACAACAACAAUUGAAAUCUUUUCAACAACAUCAAGUAAAGAAGGACCAACAACAAAGAAGUUGGAAUCAAUCAGUACAAGCAAGCAACCAACAGCCAUAUAUGAAACAACAACACCGCCAGGACAAAUCACAGCAACAACAAUUUAGUUCUUCUCAACCGCAAAGAAGGAAGGACCAACAACAAAGAAUAUGGAAUCAACAACAACAACAUAUUAGAGACAAUAAUAUGCAACAACAGCAGCAAAUAACACCAGAUACUUUAGCCGCUCUAUCUCAACUUACAUUAAAGGGAACUCGAGAAUUAGAUAUGGCAUCUUCCACAAUAAAAGACUGUCAAGCUCGUAUACCGAAGAGGCAAAAGAAACAAUCAUCCUCUGAAACAGCCUUUAUAACAGUUAACACAAAUAUGUUUAAAAUUAUUUUUAAGAAUAAUUUUCUAAAAAAAGCUAUUCAUUAUGAUGUAGAUAUUACCUUACGAAAGAAUGAUCAAACAAUAUUAAACAGGUUUCCUAAAAAAUUAUGUAGAAACAUUUUUGAAAAAUGUAGACUUCAACAUUUUGAAAUGAGAUAUCCAGCAUUUGAUGGAAGGAAAAAUGCAUACAGUGCAUAUGAUCUACCUUUUAAAUCCAAUCCCAAUAUUUUUGAAACUAUUGUUGAGAUUUCGACAUGUAAUGAACGAUGCCCUGCCGAGUGUAAUAGACAUUUAAGAAAAUUUAAAGUUAUCUUAAAAAAAGUAGCUGAAAUCGAUCUUAGUUGGACAAGAAAUUUACCAUCCAGUCUUGAUGAAGUUGAUGGAUAUCAAACUGGUAUACAAGUUCUAGAUAUCAUCAUGCGUCAUAAACCAGAGUCAGAACAUAUAAAUGUUGGAAGAUCAUUUUUCUGGCCAGAUAAGCUAGAUGAUAAGUUAUAUAAUAAGGAGGAGUUUCCUCAAACUGAUGGAUUAAAGGUGGAGCGCGGCGGAUUUUUAUCCGUUAUACUUGGGCAGCAAAUAUAUUUAAAUGUAGACGUUGUUCAUAAAGCAUUUAUCCUACCUCAAAAAGUUGACACACUAUUCUAUUCACUACGCUAUGAUAAUUAUGCAAUUAAUAAAUUAUUGAAGGACUUAAAAGUGACUUAUAAAAUACCUAGAUCUAAUAAGGAACUGUCAUAUCGCUUAGAUGGAAUAGGUCAAAAACUUAACGAACAAACAUUUAUAUAUAAACAGCCAAAGGAACAAUAUGGAACGAAAUUGACAGUAGCUAAUUAUUUUUUGAAACAUUAUAAGCACCCUUUAAAAAACCCCAAUUGGCCAUGUCUAGUUGUGAAAGGACAACAAACUUAUUUGCCUCCCGAAUUAUGUACUAUUGUGAGUGGUCAAUCUGUUAAAAAGUUGAACGACGAACAAACUAGUAAAAUGAUUAAGGAAACUGCACUUGACCGUAAAGAGGAGAUAGAAAAGACAGUGUUUGACAAACUUGUGAAUAAUAAUAAUGAGAUUAUGGAACAUGAAUUUCAAUUGUCUGUCGAAAAAAAAAUGGAAACAGUGAAAGCUAGGAUCUUAAACGCUCCAAACAUAAUAUAUGCCAAUAGAAAAGUAAAUGUAAGCAAAGGAACAUGGCAAAUGCAAGGAUUUAAACAACCGAUAAAUUUAGAAAAAAAUCAAUGGGCUAUUCUCUGUAUAAGUGAUAAGAAUGAGCAUAACAUAUUUAAUAAAAUGACACAAUUUAUGGAAAAAUUAAUAUUUCAUGCGGAAAAUGUUGGUAUCCGUGUAGGUAAUACUAAUACUGAUACUGAUACUGGAAAUACUAAUACUAAUACUGAUAUUGGAAAAUUCAAAUGUUUUGUGAAGAAAUCAAUAGAUAUUAAAAAAUAUUUUCAGGAAAAUAAAAAAUUUAAACUGAUAAUAGUAAUCAUACCAAAUUCUCCAGGCACAAUAUACAACGAGAUAAAACAAAUUGCUGAGUUGGAACUAGGUAUCUUGACACAGUGUAUAAAAUUCAGUAAUUUCAAUAACGUAGUAGUCGCUGGGAAAUCCGAAAGAUCAAUAAUAAGAAACAUUCUUCUAAAAAUAAAUACAAAACUAAAUGGCAUUAAUCAUACACUAGAUCCAAGACCAAAAUGUUUUGAAAAAAUUUGCAUGUUUGUUGGUGCUGAUGUAACUCAUCCAUCUUAUGAUGAGGAUAAACCCUCUAUAGCUGCAGUUACUGCAAGUAAUGAUAUUGAUGGCCUCCAAUAUAAUGUUAUACAUAAAGUUCUACCAUCCAAACAAGAAAUAAUCAUGGAUCUUAAAAAUAUAAUAGAUGUUCAACUGUCAAUUUAUAAAGAUAAAACAUCGCGUUUACCAGAGAGAAUCAUUUAUUAUCGAGAUGGAGUUAGCGAAGGACAAUUGCCACAAGUUAUGCAUUACGAAAUAGAAGCUAUUAGAGAUGCAUAUAAAAACAAAUGUAAAUGUGAUAUUGAAAUUACCUGUUUAAUUGUUCAAAAAAGACAUCAUGUGCGUCUUUUCCCAACUUGUGACAGUCGAGGUCAGAUAAUUUCGGAUGACAAAAACAUGAAUGUGAAAGCAGGCACGAUUGUUGAUAGUGAAAUUACUCAUCCAAGUCAUUUCGAUUUUUAUCUCGUCUCACAUGCGAGUAUUCAGGGUACUGCUAGGCCUACCAAAUACAAGUGCAUAUGUAACGAUUCUAAUUUUACCGAAAAUGAGAUAGAAGAAUUGACAUAUUAUCUUUGCCACAUGUAUGCACGCUGUACGAGAACGGUAAGCUAUCCAGUGCCAACUUAUUACGCUCAUUUGGCAGCAUAUCGUGGAAAAGUUUUAUUACAUGGUUACAGUGAUAAUGACGAUAGAUUAAGGGAGAUACAGGAAAGAUUUAAUACAAAAAUGGCAAAUUUACCAAUGUAUUUUGUGUAACAGUUAAUUGAUUUUACAAAGGAUUAUUUUAUAUUCAAAACUCUUUCUCUUGAUAUAUCUACUGUAAUCAGUCUUCCCUUCAACAAUAUCUGUAUUUUUAUCUAUAUAUUUUCAACUGUUUUACUUAAGAAUCUGAUGUAACAAAAGGAAAAAGAGAAGAUUAACAUGUAACAUUGUGUAUAUGUAAUUUUGUUUGUUAUACUAAAAGAUACGGUAAAAAAACCAUAUAUAUUAUAAUAUUUU